ACUGUCUCGGAGGUGGCCAACAGCGGCCUCAAUGUUAACCAGAAUGGUCAUCAACGUUUACUUCUUUACUCCACUGCUGGUCGGGCUUUGUUAUGCGUCUCUACAGCCAGCUGUCAAGCACAACACAGAGAAGACCGAAAUAACCCUGUCUUUUCCCUAUGUGGCUGGUGUUGAUACGAUUGACCUCUCGUAUACACUCCAUCUUCUGAAACAACAUGUUCAGGCUUCUCACUUGACCAACAGCGUCAGACUGCAUAAACAAGGUGAUGGAUAUUUCACCUACCGGAUUCAAAGCAAGAGGGAAUUCACUGACAAUGAUGUGUUGGACUAUUCGGUUAAGUACUUAUCUGCCACUGGAGAUGUUAUUGGUCAACUUAAUGAUGUAUACUACAUCCCAGCUGCUUCAUCGCUCAGCCCUCGAUUGUACAGACGUGGAACAACCGUUCUUUACGACGAUUUUCACACUAAUCAUCUCGACAGCAACAAAUGGAGACAUGAAAUAACUUGCUUUGGAGGAGGGGGUGGUCAGUUCCAGAUGUACACACCGGAAGCUGCCAACACCUACAUAAAAAAUGGCGUCCUCUAUCUCAAACCGACAUAUACUGUAGACAAAUUUGGAGAAAACUUUCUUUACCAUGGGGAUCUUGAUGUUGCCAAGCAAUGGGGAUCGUGCACAUAUUACAGUGACAACGGAUGCCACCGUCUGGGAUCGAAGAAUGAAAUCCCACCUAUCAUGUCAUCUAAACUCUAUUCCAAGGCUUCCAUCACCUACGGAAGAAUAGAAGUCAUUGCACAGUUACCUAAAGGAGAUUGGUUAUGGCCAGCAAUAUGGAUGCUUCCUCCUAAAAGGCCAUGGAAAUAUGGCGGAUGGCCAGCUUCCGGCGAGAUAGACAUUAUGGAGGCUAGAGGCAACCUCAACCUGAAGGAUAGCAGUGGUAAUAACCAUGGCGCCCAGAACUUCCGGUCUUCGCUCCACUGGGGUGUUUCCGGUCAGCAUCAUAGUAAGGGAUAUGGAAGGGUAAGUGACCCUGGAACAGUAUGGGCUGACCGCUACCACACGUACUCCAUUGACUGGACAUCAGGUCACAUAAGACUAUCUGUAGAUGACCACCCGGUCUUGGCCUGGUCAACACCCUCCCAAGGCUUAUGGGCAUACAGUCACAUGACCGGACACAACAUCUGGGCCAGCGGGGGAAAAGAUGCGCCUUUCGAUGGACCGAUGGGUCUCAUCCUCAACGUAGCUGUCGGCGACAAUAGCGUCUUCUUUUCUGAUUCUUGGCAUAACCCUAAUGGAAAACCGUGGAAGAAUGGAUCGCCUACCUCCAUGGCAGACUUCUGGAAGAACAGGCACCAGUGGCAGCCAACUUGGCAUGGUGAAGACGCUGCCAUGAAGAUCAGGUCCGUCAAGAUGAUACAGUAUCAAAAAAAUUGGAAACAUGAAGUCACUUGCCGGGGAACCGGGGGCGGGCAGUUCCAAAUGUUCACACCAGAACCGGCAAACAGCUACACCAAAAACGGCCUUCUCUACAUCAAACCGACGUUUACGGUAGACAAAUUUGGAGAAAGCUUUCUUCACAAUGGUGUUCUGGAUGUUCGCAAGCAAUGGGGAACGUGUACAUACAUCAGUGACGACGGAUGCUACCGUACUGGAGCCAAAAAUGGAAUUGCACCUAUCAUGUCGGCAAAACUCUAUUCAAAAGCUUCCAUCACCUACGGGAGGGUAGAAGUUGUUGCAAAAUUACCUAAAGGGGAUUGGUUAAAACCAGCAAUAUGGAUGCUUCCACCAACGAGACCUUGGAAAUAUGGCGGAUGGCCAGACUCUGGUGAGAUAGACAUUAUGGAAGCAAGAGGGAACGUCAACUUGAAGGAUAGCAAUGGCAAUGAUCAUGGUGGCCAGUUUUUCCGCUCUACACUUCACUGGGGGGUGUCCGAUCAGCACCGGAGCAAGGGAUAUGGAAGGCAAAGUGCACCUGGGACAAUGUGGGCUGACGAUUUCCACACUUAUUCCGUUGACUGGACAGCCGACCACAUAAGAUUGUCUGUAGAUGACCAUCCGGUCUUGGCCUGGUCAACGCCCUCCCAAGGUGUGUGGGCAUACAGUCACCUGACUGGUCACAACAUCUGGGCAAGCGGGGGCAAAGAUGCGCCCUUUGACGGACCGAUGGGUCUCAUCCUCAACGUCGCUGUUGGCGAUGACGUCUACUUUUCCGAUUCGUGGCACAACGCUAAUGGAAAACCAUGGAAGAAUGGAUCACCUACCGCAAUGGCAGACUUCUGGAAGAACAGGCACCAGUGGCAGCCAACUUGGCAUGGUGAAGACGCUGCCAUGAAGAUCAGGUCCGUCAAGAUGAUACAGUAUUAGACUGCUCUGCGAGACGCUGGAUAAUGUCCUGAUGUACAAAUAGUCCAAACAUAUGGAAUGAUCUUUGUUUAUUUGGAAAUAAAAAUGUUCAUGCUU